GACUAUUUGUCGUUGAUGCGUAAAGCCAACUGUGAUAGGUCAGCCGAGACGUCAAUCUUAGAGCGGCUGGGCUUUUCUCGCGUUAGGUUGCGUCGAAGCGUGGAUGCUCAUUCAGAAAGGCACAGGCAGAGGGGGCUGCCGGAGAGAACGCAAUCGGAGAUGGUGUAUUGCUGAUGGAGGAUGCUUCUGAGCAGUUUUUUUAAAUCGACAACUUCGGGAGAUACGUUGGAUAGAAUCAGCGUUUUAAGGAGUGCACAUAAAAGAGAAAGAAAAAAAAAAUGACGAUGAGCUGGCAAGAAAAUCGGAUCAGGUUCGUGAAAUAGCAUUUCUAGAGCUGGAGCUGCCCAUCCCAGCCACCCUCUCUCUAUUUACAGAUUUCGCUUCGCUUUCUUUCUUUUGUGCUCAUGUUGACAUCUGGUAGUGGAUGCUGUUUUUUUUUCCUUUGCAUGACUACCACGGCGCCUCCCGUGCAUUACUAAAGAUGUCAUCUGCUGAAUCCUCAUCAAAAUGAACCAAAAACUCCGAUCCCACAUGGACAACAGCGGGGAUUACUUUGGACAGGCGCAACGCAGCGAGGAGCAGAGCUCACUGCUCGGCACGGGCGAUCCUCUUUCUCGCAUCACAUCGCUUCACGUGCGGGGAUCUUAACGGAACUGGCAUAGUUGCUGCCCAGCUCCUGAAAACCUACUUCUUAAAUUAUCUGACAUUCUUUUUCUGGGUAAACGCAAGAUGAUGUAUGCUAUAAACAAGGUACUGGAAACAGUGCACGUUUGAAAGAGUGGAAUUAAUCUCCAUCGGGAGGAAGUUGCCGUGCGCUUAUUUUUAAUGGAUGAGUUUUCCAAAGUGCAACAAGAAAAAUAUUAAGAAGAUAAAGGUCUGAUUAUUGGAUUUAUACACGUGCAAGUGAAACCUGGAUAUCCUUUUGACUUUCGGUGUAAUGGAAGGACGAUUAAAAGUGCCACUUUAAACGGUUGCUGGAAUGAAAGGGCAUGCUUGGUUUCUUAACUUUACGGCUACAAAAUGUCGUGUGUGUUUUGUCUAAAAGACCUUAGGCGGCGGAUUUCAGGCGACUUAAGAUCAUUUUUUGACUCUGUAUAGUGGAUACUUUCAAUCUUUAUACUGUAUUUUCAGAGCAGCGCAAAAAUAGACCACCAUCCUAUUUCAAAAGAAACGAGGAUGACGGUUUUGGCUUUUACACCUGGCAUUCGUGCGCCCUAACCUCGAAAUCGGGGCUCAUCCAUCACCAUCUUAACAUUCUUGGUACAAAGACCAUUUAGCCACCCCAACACCAAGUUAGACACGCUUGUUUUCGCGGUGAUCGCUGAAUUUCUUUAUGCGCCCCUUAAGCCCCCAACGGUGUUGAAGGGCUAAGCGCUACUUAAGUUAAUCGGCUUCGUCGGGAGCAGUGACAUUUCACUUCAGAGAUAAUGACGAGGCGACGACCGUCUGCCGACUUGUCUCAACGGCUAUAUUAAAACAAAAACAAACGGAAUCCGUUUCAUAUUUCACAAUCUAAACGGCGGACUGACGCGGCGGCCAAAAAAACUGAUGUAUAUGGAAGUGUCCUCACCGCCUCAGCAAGGUGCACAGGUGCGCUGCCCAUCUGGUGCAAUUCGACAUCUCUAUAAGAUCAUCACCUGCAUUUAUUGCUAACGGAAAAGAAAUUGAAAAAAUCGAGUUGUCGUGGAGUUCAUGCCAAAAUUUUACUGCAGGGGGGGAAACUUCAAACUAGCCGCGCAUCUUGAGCUGCCCAUUUUUCGCUCAUAUUGGAGUUCACCCUUCAAUUAAACGGAUUAUUGGUGAUUCACCUGGACGUCAGGACUCUGGGCUGCCCCGGAUUUUACACUUGUUAGGGGUGAGGGGUGGGAGGGUCCAGUCCCUCAGUUUGGCCGUGACGGACUUGGUGAUGGUCCUGCAAGGAUGCUGCGCCUGCCGGUGAAAAAGAUUCGCAAGCAGUUCAAACUUCUUCUGCUCUUGGUGCUGCUCAUGUUUGCGAUCUGGUUCACUUAUCUGCACAUCAGUUUAGUGCGGCAAGGGAAAGCAAUCAAACUCCACUUCAACUAUGGCAGAGAUGGAGAGAAGCCCAAUGAAGCAACUGAUGCCAGCCGGAGAAGUGACGCUCAUCACGGACCUUCGAGUCUCCGGAAGGCAGAUGACACGAGUGACAGUCGUGAGGAUGAGCAGAAGGUGAUAGGCCUAGGCCAUCUAGAAGAGCUGAAUGGAGAUGACGGCCAGUAUCUUAAAAAACUGAAGAAGUUCCUCAUCGAUAAACAAAACCUUUUGCCCUGGAAGUCAGAGUACAAAGGCCAGGCUAAUCUCCACGUGUUUGAGGACUGGUGUGGAUCUGCCGUUUCCCAGUUGAGAAAAAACCUGCACUUCCCGCUUUACCCACAUACACGAACGGUGGUAAAGAAGCUAGCCGUGGCCCCCAAGUGGAAAAACUAUGGACUGCGCAUUUUUGGGUACAUUCAUCCACCCACAGAUGGUGAUUUCCAGUUUGCCAUUGCCUCUGAUGACAACUCCGAAUUUUGGCUGAGCUCUGAUGAGGAUCCUAUGAAUGCCAGACUCCUGGUCUUUGUUGGAAAGCUGGGCUCUGAGUGGACAGCUCCAGGGGAGUUCACCAAAUUCCGAUCUCAAGUUUCCAAGCCGGUCCACCUCAUUUCUCUGAGACGCUACUUCUUUGAGAUUCUCCACAAGCAGGACGAGAAGGGCUCGGACCACGUCGAGGUGGGGUGGCGCCCUUUUCUACCUGGUCUGAAGUUUGAAGUCAUUGAUUCCUCGUAUGUCUCACUCUACACAGACGAGUCCUCCUUGAAGAUGAACAGCGUGGAGCACAUCCCCCAGACGUAUGCCAGCCACGCCAGAGUGCGCCCGGGCAGCCGAGGAGAAAGCCGGCACGGCGCCGACAUGCUCAAGCCCGAUCCCCGCGACACCUUCUUCCUCACUCCUCUGAUCGACGCUUCACGUCUCAAGAACGUGCUGCCAGCCUGCCUCUACUCACCCACUUAUGUGGUGAAGGAUUUCCCCAUUGCUCGCUACCAGGGACUGCAGUUUGUGUACCUCUCUUUUGUGUAUCCCAACGACUUUACCCGUCUGACGCACAUGGAAACGGAGAACAAGUGCUUCUACAGGGAAUCUCCUAUAUACCUCGAAAAAUUUGGAUUUUAUAAAUACAUGAAGAUGGACGAAGAGGAAGAUGAUAGGCCUUUCUUCUUUCCAAAUCCAGAUGAUUUUCUGGAAGAAGAGGAAGGGAUCGAUCCAGAAAAUGAAUCUCUGCCAACUGACAAACCAGCAGUCACCUUCAAGACAAAUGCCACCUCGGCUCAGCAGCAUUUAUCGCCAAGAGACAGAAGAAGAUCAGUUGCUGACUCAGGAGUUGACUAUGGGGAUGAUGAUGUUGAUUACACCUUCAGAAGCAGGCAAAAAGCCAAUAGUGCCAAAGACUAUGAUGGUAAAGAGGGGCAGAAAAGCCCAUCUGAAGUGACAUCUGAUCACGCUGGCAACCAGGACGACGUGGAUUUCAACCAACCCUCAAUAGUUCGAGGAAAAUCACUCUCCUGGAUUAGGACCGGCCCAGAUGACCUGAACAAGAGGGCAAGUGAUUUACUGGUGGUGCCUAAAAAUACCAAACCCAACUCGCUUCCGCAGUUGACCCACCGGGCCAAGCAGAUUCUUACCAAUUCUGCCCAUGCCCCCCUUUCUGGAGUCACCAAUUCUAAAGAUACAAAGAAAGAGCAGAACAAAGUCUAUAUCACUCGGCCGCGGCCCAACCGGAAAAGCACCCCACCUCGGCAGCCACGUGAGGUCUUUCCUGGAAUGUUCCUCUACCAGAUUGGCAAAACGACUAAGUUAGUGAACCUUGGCACCAAGCUUGGUAAGAAGGGAUUGACAAAUGCCAUUCAGAUGAAAAAUAAGUACCCUUUUAGAGAGAGCAGAUCUCCUUGGCUGGGCAAUAAUGACACCAAGGAUGGUUUACCGGGGAGAAAGUCCUCCACGGGUACUAUAAUCUGGAAUUCUCUGCAUAAAAAGGAUGAGGCACAUGGUAAGGGUGUCACUACCAUCAGUUGCCUAACUAACCCGCUGUUUAGCCAGGAGCAACUCCCUGCAUCUUCCUUGAAUAAACCAAAGACGGACUACAAUUCCUCCAUAAAUACCCCCUCAGAAGCCAGAGUGACAUCCUAUAUGAAAACCUCUGAGAUUACAGAGUCUCAGCUGCUGGAUGCAGAGCCGGCCGAUGGAGCCGAGGAAGGAGGUUUGUCUGAUUACAGUUACGAGGACUCUGACAUUCGGCAGCCUUGGGUCGAGGAGGCCAUUAACUGGCAGCGCACGUUCACCGUCAACACCAUGGACUUUGAGCUGCUGCGAUCGGACUGGAAUGAUCUGCGCUGUAAUGUCUCUGGGAAUCUACAGCUAAGUGAGUCCGAAGUUGUGGAUGUUCUGGCGCAGUACAUGGAGAAGCUCAACGAGAAGAAUGGAGGGAUUUACACCCUCUUGAGGAUCAUCAACGUGGAGAAGCGGCGGGACUCUGCCCGAGGAAACCGCUAUCUGAUUGAGUUGGAGCUGAUGGAGCGGGGCAAGCGAGUGGUGCGCCUGUCAGAAUACGUCUACAUGCUGCUGCACCGCAGUCGACAAGAGGACAGCCUGGAGGCCAACGAGGGCACCACCACUACCACCACCGCCGCCGCUGGCAGCCCAGACCACACCACCGUACAGUGGAGCACCGGAUACAGCAAGCCGCUGCUCUGCCAGCCAGUCCAGCUACAGUGGAGACAUGAUGUCAUGGUGCACUUUGUGGUGCCAGUUAAAAACCAGGCUCGCUGGGUGCAGCAGUUUAUCACUGACAUGGAGCUCCUUUACCAGGAGACCAAAGACGACAACUUCAGCAUCAUCAUUGUGGACUUUGAGAGUGAUGACAUGGACGUGGAGCAGGCUCUGAAGGACAGUAAAGUCCCCCGCUAUCAUUACAUGAGGAAAGAAGGCAAUUUUGAGCGGUCAGCUGGACUACAGUCUGGAGUGGACAGCGUUGAGGACAGCCACAGUAUUUUGUUCCUGUGUGACUUGCACAUCCACUUCCCUUCAAACAUCUUGGAAAGCAUCAGGAAGCACUGUGUGGAGGGCAGGUUGGCCUAUGCCCCCAUCGUCAUGAGGCUGGCGUGCGGGAGCUCUCCUACGGAGCCAGAUGGCUACUGGGAGGUGAAUGGAUUUGGAUUAUUUGGCAUCUACAAGUCUGAUUUUGACAAGAUUGGUGGGAUGAAUACAAACGAAUUCCGCGAUCAGUGGGGAGGUGAAGACUGGGAGCUGCUGGAUCGCGUCCUUCAAAAUGGCCUAGAAGUGGAGAGACUGCGGCUCAGAAACUUUUUCCAUUACUAUCACUCCAAGCGAGGCAUGUGGAAUUCCCAAGUGAAGAAAGGCCAGAAGGGCUAAUGAGUGCACCAGACUCCGACUCCUUGCAGGGGAAAGAAAGCAACUUACGGAAGGAGAAAACAAAAUCAGAAUAAAAAAUAAGAGCCACCCUACCUGCAUGCUGCACCAGGCAUUCUUGAUGGACGACCGAGUCGCGUCAAGGACCCUUUGGCCGAGUGCCAGCAAGAAGGACGCUUUGUCUACUGCCCUGAAAUGAGUAACGCAUUGCAUCUGUUGUAGCUGCUUUCAGUUAUUUAAUCAGUACUCAAGGAAAUUGGACUUUUUUAAAGAAGAAUUAUUUAUACAAAAAAAAAAUCUUUUUGUUGAGAUCGUCGAUAUGGAUAACAACUCCGUUCUAACAAAGCAAGAGCAACUGCACUACUUAGGAGUGACUUGCUGGGCCCAGGCCACCCUGGGUUACGUAAAACUGGAAGGAACAAACUCUCAAUCUCGCUGUCUACAUGGAGCUUAGGUGGUCUUUCACGUGGGCAGAGAAAGCGCGGUGGCACUUAAAUGGCCGUUUCAUUUCUCGCUGGGAUGCCUUCCAAGUGGAGUUUGAAUGUUUUUCCCCGUAACCAAACCCAAGCAACCCAAGGGUUUCUACCCAAAGUCCAAAGACAUGCUGUCAGGUUUACUGGUGACUUUAUCAGAUGUUUCUGUGCCCGGUGAUGGACUGGCAUCCCCUUGCAGCAGUGGUUCUCAAAGUGUGGUCCUCAAGGUGACAGCCAUCAUACCGUUUGGCUCAGAUUCGUUAUUGCGUUAUGUGCUGCUGCCCAACCUUUGCGGCCCCCCAUGAACUUUCCUGUUGUUAGGGCCACCAAGUCCGACUUUCAAAAGGUUAUGACUUAGGGGUUUUGGAACACGCAGAGUCGAUUGAUUUUGUUUUCAUUAUUUUGUUGACAGCCAUCUUGUAUUUGGUUCUUGAAUGUGUUGUGAUAGGGAGUACCAGACAUGGCAAAAAGGGUGCGAGGCCACCGAAAUGUUCAACAAAAGGAAGGCUAGGACCUUCACUAACCUACCCAGAAGAAGGGAAGAUAGAUAGAUAGAUGGAUAGAUAGACAUGGAAGGUACUACAUUAGAACAUUAGAACCCUCUAGACGAGAACAGGCCAUUCAGCCCAGCAAAGCUCGCCAGUCCUAUCCACUUAUUUCUUCCACAAAAACAUCAAGUCGAGUUUUGAAAGUCCCCAACGUCUUACUGUCUACCACACUACUUGGUCGCUUAUUCCAAGUGUCUAUCGUUCUCUGUGUAAGAAAAACUUCCUAAUGUUUGUGCGAAAUUUACCCUUAACUGGUAGAUAGAAUUUUAUUUGUGCCCACCCUAAUCUAGUUUACUCCAAAUGCUAAUUACUGGUUUGCGGUCUAGCAGGCCUCAAAAAUGGGAAGCUGGCUUAAACGUUCAAAGAGACCAUAAGUGUCCCUCUAUUAAUUCAUUCAUCCAUCCAUUUUCUGGUGCUUAUCCCGGUCCGGGUCACGGGGCGGCAGCAGUCUGAACAAAGAUGUCAGGACGUCUGUUUCCCCCACCCCACCACCUCCUCCAACACCUCUGGUGAUAUACUGAGGUGUUCCCAGGCCAGCUAAACUCUCCCGCAUGUCCUUGGUCUUCCCCGAGGUCUCCUCCUUGGUGAACAGGUCCCAAACACCUCUCCAAGGGGGCAUCUUAAUCCGAAGCCUGAAGCAUAUCUCGAUACCGAAGAGCAGCGGCUGUACUCUGAGCCCCUCAUCCUGUCUCUAAGGCUGAGCCCAGACAUCUUGCAAAGGAAGUUCGUUUCUUGUAUCCACGAUUUAGUUCUUUUACUCAUGGCCAUUGUCGAUGGUACUGUAGAUCGAGAACUUUGCCUUUCAACUCGGCUCUCCCUUCACUUUAACUGGCCAGUAUAAGAGUCCCAAAAUAUACAAAAAGGGAGACAAAACCUGGAAAACUCAGGCAUGUAAAGAGAAUCCCAAACUAUAAUCGUUUACCAUAAGUAGAAGAAGCAGCAAAAAUGUUCAAAAACAGCAAAAAGGAUGUGCCAAAGGGCAAUCCCAAGCCAACGAGUCCCAAAAAAAAGAAUCCUGGAACGAUCCACAAAACAGAAAAUCCAGUCCACAAAAAUACAGAAAGCCUCACAAGAACGAAUGGUUCCCACUCCUUAGCCAUCUUGGCUUACUUAUGUAGCCUGAUGGAGGUCCCGCCUCAUACGGCUCAAUCCACAAAGUACAAGGAACACAAUUGCAUUCAAAGGGAACCCUACAUGGUUAUAAACGUAACAGAAAAAGACAUAAAACAUAUAAUCACUCAAUUAUUAACUCAAAAACGGGCGGAGUGGUGUCUCUGAGGCCAAGGAUCUGCGCUGGUAUCUGGAUGGUUUGAUGGUUCAAAUCCCAUUACUGCUGGAAGGAAUCCUACUCCGACUGGGGCCUUUGAGUAAGGCCCGUAACCUGAAAAUUACUCCAGGGGUGCUCAUUGUACAAUGGCUGACUGUGCACGCCGACCCCCAAGGGUCAUGAGAAAAGACAGUUUCCCCACUGGGAUUAACCAAUCCCAUCAAAUCAAAAAUGACAAUAAAAUACAUGAACAUACGUGAUACCGUAACAGCCCGCAGACAGCGCCAUUUCGCAUAGCACCCUAUUGCUGCCAUUUGUCAGCCGCAAGUUAAGAAGGUGAAGGUCUCAUGAUGGUGGCAUCCAAAUAUCUGGAUUUGUCGGGUAGCUAAUGCAAAUCAAUUUAGGGAGUCGGGACCUCCUUGUGUGUUUUUUUUCCCUUGUUUGGUUCCUUUUUUGGUUUGACUUAUCCUUCUGGCCUUUGACACCCUUAUCUUUUCCUGGUUUACCUUUGCUGUCUUUCAUCUUCUGGUUCAGCAACUGCCUGGCAUUUCCUCCACAAUGGUAGAAGAAAGAUCACCACCACAUUGCACCUUCAGACUAUCGUAACUUGUAUUUUCGUGUCGCCCCUUCCUGUGAACUCUCGAGUGUGUUUACAUGCACACACACACACACACAUAUGCCGUCAGGUCCAUGAGUAUUUGGACAGGGACACGAUGUUCAUCAUUUUGGCUCUGCACACCACCACCAUGGAUUUGAAAAGAAGCAAUCAAGAUGGGAUUGAAGUGUAGACUUUCAGCUUUAAUUUAAGGGGUUUAACAAAAAACAUUGUAUGAGUCAGCCAUUUUUAUUCAUGGUCCCCCUCAUACUCAGGAGCGCAAAAGUACUUGGAAGACAAACUAUCAUAAUACUAAACAGAAUGAUCAUUUUCAAUAUUUAAAUGAAAUUCCUGGCCAGUCAAUGACUGCCUGAAGUCUGAAGUGUUGGGUUUCCACCCUAGUGAUGCUUUGCCAGGCCUUUACUGCUUCUGUCUUCAGGUGCUGCUUGUUUGUUGGACUUUCUGCCCUCAGUUUUGUCUUCAGCGAGUGAACUGUGUGUCCAGUUGGGUUGAGGUCAGCUGAUUGACUUGGCCAUUGAGGAAUAGUCCACUACUUUGCCUUGAACAUACACUUGGUUUGCUGUCCCAGUAAGUUUUGGCCGGUUGUCCAUCUCUACUGUGAUGUAUCGUUCUAUCAGUUGUGCAGCGUCUGAGCAGACCGUAUUGCACCCUGCACACUUCAGAAUUCAUCCUGCUGCUUCUGCCAGCAGUCACAUCAUCAAUAAACACCAGUGACUGACUUCCAUUCCCAGCCAUGCAUUAUCAGGCCGUAACAUGCCCUCUCUACCAUGUUUCACAGAUAAUGUGGAAUUCAUCAGAUAAUGAGACAUCUCUUCUCUUCGCUUCUCUAGGCUCUUCUCUCUCCAUCAUUCUCAAACAUCUCUCUAUCAUAUAAAAAAUGAUGACGAGACGGGACUUUGGCCAAUGAGAUUUUUUCAAGUCCUGCCCUCCCCUCAAUCAUAUUAAGCCACACCCACAGUCCUCUCACCUCUCAUUCGUAUGAAUGCUUUUGACAGACACACUUCCUGCUAUCUCCGCUCUUGUAAAUUUUAAUAUUUUCCUCACUUUAAGUUCCUAAUUAAAGAAGACGUAACUUAUUGAAGUCUUUCAUCACAACAGCGGUUCUCAAACUGUGGGGCUUAGGGGGGGCGCGAAGUAACAAAAAAGGGGGCACGAAUGUUGCCAUAUGUGGUGUAAUUUCGCUAUUCGUAGGAAAAUUUUAAACUUGUAGCGGUGUAUCGGCAGCAAAAAAUACAGGAAUAAAUUUUAUUAGGGUUUCAAAAAAACGUUAGGGGGGGCGCGAUUAAAACUGUUAUGAAAACUCGGGUCGCAAAUACUUAAAGGUUGAGAAACGCUGGUUUACAAAGAGAAGAAAUGAGUACACGGGUAAUCCUAGCGCCGAGAAAUGAUGAAGUCAAAUGAAUUAACGCCAAAAAUGUCGAUCGGUAACACAGCUAAUUGGUUAAAUGCGUAUCAAUAGACUCUGCUGAAACAGUUGGUGGUGAUGGUGCGGAAGAUGAAAACAUCGACUUACAAUAUCACAAAGAAUAUCUACAACCGUUAACACCGUCCCGU